AAUUGAAAUUGAAAAGUACACGACAUUCGAUUUAGUGCAGAAAGCAGUUGUUCUGUGCGUGUAUGUAUUGGUGAUGAAUUGCAUCAGUUUUAUACUAGUUUUGUGUUAAUUGUAUUAUUCCGUGUAUAUACAUGAAGUGGAUGGAAUUGAAAAUAAAUAGGAAUAAACAGCAAAUCUGUUCUUAAAAGCAGAGGACGCAUUUGCGUAGCAGUGGGUCAUUUAUGGGCUGUUACUUUAUAAAAUAUUUACAAAAUGAAUGCGAGUGACACAACGGAAUUCACAUCAAGAUUUUAUCAAACUCAAUUAGAGGAAAUUGCUGUUAGAAGAAAUACUAUCAUAUUUCUGCCUACAGGUUCAGGUAAAACUUUUAUUGCCAUUAGACUGAUAAAAAGAUUAAGAGAAGCCUUGAAAAAGCCAUGGGGAGAAGGAGGAAAAAGGUGUUUUUUUUUAGUAAACACAGUUCCACUAGUGGCGCAACAGUCAAAAGUCAUAAGACUAUUAUGUCCAGUUGAUGUUAAUGGAUACACUAGUGAAGACAAUGUUGAUUAUUGGGAUAAGAGUAAAUGGAAUCAAGAGUUAACAAAGUAUCAGGUCAUUGUUAUGACAAGUCAGAUCCUCAGUGAUAUGCUUACUCAUAGAUAUGUAUCGAUCGCGGAUAUAAAUCUUCUUAUAUUUGAUGAAUGUCAUCAUGCUGUUGAUGACCAUCCCAUGAGAACAGUGAUGAAGCAUUUUGAAGAUGUUCCGAAAAAUAAGCAUCCAAGAGUUCUGGGUUUAACAGCAACACUGCUCAAUUCGAAUGUGAAAUUAAAUAAAGUUGAAGAAACAUUGAGAAAAUUAGAAGCAACAUUUCAAGCUACGAUCGCUACAGUCAAUGAUAUGGGAGAGGUUGCAAUCUAUUCGACGAACCCUCACGAGUCUGUGCAGUACUUCAGAUUGCCAGCCCUAACGAACGCAUGCGAAGAAGCUAUAAUGCUACUCAAAGAACUCCAAGAAAUCGUAAUGUCCAUAAAGCUGCCGAUGAACGAUAUAAAAAUGGAUUUGAAACUAAAACCCUGGCAAAGGGAUAUAUCCAAUAAUCCGACGAAAAUAACAAAGGCAAUAAAGAACAUGAUUGAAUCGAUGAUAUUAACAAUUAAAGAGAUGGGCGCGUACGGAGGGGCCUUGGGUAUUCUUGCAUACAUCACCUCGCUGGAGCGGAGCAAGCGGCGGGCGGUCACCGAGGAGGAGGAGCUGCUGUACAACAUCGCCGUGACACAUUCUGUUGAGGCAAGGGCGACUUUACUCCAAUCAAUGUCAAACGAUUCCGGUUAUAGCAAAAUAGUUCGUAACUCUUCAGAGAAAGUGUUACAACUUUUGAAUAUUCUAAAGGAAUACAAUCCGAAAUAUUACUUAAAUGAUGGUGUGACCUUGAAAAUAAACCUCAAGCGGGGUGCACUCUCCGGGAUCAUUUUAACUCAGCAAAGAUACACGUCCAAAGUACUCUAUAAUCUUCUAAAGGACGUGAAGACAACCAAUCCUGACGAAUUUGGAUUCCUGAAACACGAUUACAUCGUCGGAUUCAAGAUAAACCCCCUCACCAACACGAGGGAGCAACAUUACACUAAAAAGUUGAGCCUGCAGGCACUCCUGAAGUUUAAGAAUGGCGACCUGAACUGCGUGAUCUCCACGAGCGUGCUGGAGGAGGGCGUGGACGUGCCGCACUGCUCGCUCGUCGUGAAGUUCGACGUGCCGCUGGAGUACCGCUCCUACAUACAGAGCAAAGGACGCGCUAGAAGCAAGGAUUCGAGUUUUGUGUUGUUUAUCGAUGAGGCGAAUAAAUUUAAGUUUCAACAACAAUAUUUAGAAUUUCAGAAGAUUGAACAAUACAUAAUCGAUAUACUCUACGGCAAAGCAUCACUUAGGACCGCUCCCACAGAAGAAGACGUGCAGGAGAACCUCUACGAGGUGGACGACGUUCCGCCCUUCGUCACCAAGCACGGAGCUCGCCUGUCGGGAGCGUCAGCGAUAAGCCUGCUAAAUCGCUACUGUUCCAGCCUGCCGACCGACCACUUCACCAUUUUAUCGCCGAUGUGGAUCCUCGAAAAAGUUACCUCAACAGGUCUCACCCUCAUCACCGUCGUCAUGCCUAUAUCGUGUAAACUUAAGGAUCCUAUACAAGGAAAACCUUCGGUAAAUUUGAGAGCGGCAAAACGUUCAGCGGCGCUGGCUGCGUGUGCGAAGUUGUAUGAAGUUGGGGAGCUGGAUGAGCUUACUUUAUUGCCACGACAGCAUGGCAAAACUGAUUUUAACUCGGACGAAGUAAAAGCAUGUUUUCCUAAUUGGCGCGAUGAGCAAGAUGUCGGAGAAGGCAUACCGAACCCUGGAACUAAGAGCAGAGUGCGAAAACAUACAAAAUUGUAUCCAAAGUGUCUCAACGGCCCUCCAUCUUGGAACAAGGAGAUGGCGUUCUACCUGCACGUUAUAAAUCUUAAGACAGCCUUCGAUGAGCCAAAGGAUUCCCGCGACCGAGCUCUUUAUAACCUGCUGCAGAGCAAAGACGGUUACGGCUUCCUGACGUUGCAACCUCUGCCAAUUAUAUGCGACUUCCCAUUGUUCCUAACUGUGGGUGAAGUGGAUACGAAAAUAGAAGUGAACUAUGCGAAGGUUGUGCUGGAUCCCUCGUUGUUCGAACUUGUUAAACGGUUUCAUUUUUUCAUUUUCGAUCAAGUUUUAGAAGUUUCGAAAAAGUUUCUGAUAUUCGAUGGAAAAAUUAACAAUCUCUAUGUUGUUCCAAUCGUGGAGAAGUCGGGCUACGACAUAGACUGGGACGUGAUGCAGACUUACAACGAGAUACGACCUGUCGCUGUACCGUCCGUGAAGGAAAGAAUGGCUCUGAACGUCACGAAGGAAACCUACCUAAACUCUGUUGUCACUCCUUGGUAUAGAGGAAGCAUUCUACCUGACAGGUACAUAGUGUCUAAUGUACUCGAAUACAUGACACCAAGAUCUCGUUUCGACUGUGAUACGUUUUCAACAUUCGAAGAUUAUUACCUGAUUAAGUAUAAUUUGGAAAUCUUCGGAAACAAAGAUCAGCCGCUGCUCGAGGUGCGCAACAUCAGCUCGCGGCUGGCGUGCCUGCUGCCGCGCGCGGCGUCGCUGCGCGCGCUGUCCGACAAGCAGCGCAAGCUGGCGGCGCAGGCGCAGGGCGACGACCGUCCGCGCGGGUUCGCCGAGGUGUUCGUGCCCGAGCUGUGCCUGCGCUACGCCUACCCCGGCCGCCUGUGGUACAAGGCCGUGCUGCUGCCCAGCCUCGUGCACAGGGUGACCAUGCUCUUGACGGCCGACGAGCUUCGUGCCGAGAUCGCAGCUUACGUGAAGAUCGGCCAGAGGACUUUACUCAAGGGUGAAGAAUGGCUGCCGGUACAAGUGGAUCUUCCGAUCGCUAUAAAGUCAUUGCUGUCGAAUAUAGAAGAGCCCACAGCUAUCGCCAGUAUUGACAGAAUUAAUAAUCCGAUCGAUGAAACUAUCCCGAAACCGGUCAAUAUCAUGUCCGUAAAGGAAAGCGUCUACCAGCUGCAGAAAAAGAAGAUCAGCAAAGAAUAUCCAUGGGAUGAAAGCAAGGAGCCGAUCGACAUCGACCGCAACCUGUCCACGGUCACGGUGAUGGACAUCGAGUGCUACGACGCGUUCGUGACGUCACCGCUGUUCGCGGUGGGCGAGGCCGAGCCGGGCGCAACGGCGCCGGCACCGGCACCGGCACCGGUCCGGUCGCCGCCGGCGCCGGCUCUGCUGCCGCCGCCGCCCAGGUACGACGAGCGGCUGCGCGCGCUGGCGGCGGCGGGCGGCCCGCAGCUGCGCGACGUGCUGGCGGCGCUGACCACCAUCGGCUCGCACGACAGCUUCAACCUGGAGCGCGCCGAGACGCUGGGCGACUCCUUCCUCAAGUUCGCCGCCACGCUCUACCUGUUCCACAAGUUCCCGGCGGCCGACGAGGGACAGCUCACCAACAUCAAGUGCCGCCUCAUCGGGAACAGGAACCUGUACUACGCGGGCGAGCGCGCCAACCUGGCGGGGCGGAUGAAGGUGGACCAGCUGAGUCCCAGAAGCGACUUCGUAGUUCCCGGCUUCUCCGCUCCGAAGGAAGUUGCCGACUUCAUCGAGGAGCACCAAAUACGGCCAACCUUCAUGAUAGGCAUGAACUUCCCUCAAGCGGACGCUUUGAGCGGUACACUGUCCUCUGAAAGCAAAUUAAUGAUGGAGCAGCGCUUCGCCGACUGUGACAGGACAACUGAACACGAGCCCCAGGGCCGAGCUCAGAAUGCGAUGCAAUGCUAUAUAAAUAUACAAGCUGUAUCGGACAAGUCUGUGGCUGACUGCGUCGAGGCUCUGAUUGGUACCUACCUUAUGAGCGGAGGGAUAUCAGCGGCUAUUGGCUUCUUGGAAUGGACGAGAGUGCUGCCUCCAGAGGACAACGUUAAACAGUUUCUCCAUAAGAAAGUGGAUACGGUGUUAACACAGAAGAGGACCACGGAGCAGGAAAUCGACUGGCUUCUUAAUAAUUGUCGCACUGACAUUGAAACAAUUAUUGACUACAAAUUUAAAGAUCCAUCUUUAUUAUUGGAGGCUCUAUCUCACGCUUCGUAUAUACGGAACCGGCUCACGAACUCCUACGAACGGUUGGAAUUUCUCGGUGACGCCAUAUUGGAUUUCCUAAUAACGGCGCACAUUUUCGAGAAUUUCGGUAAACUAACGCCGGGAGAUCUAACCGACCUGAGAUCUGCUCUUGUGAACAAUGUCACAUUCGCCUCCUACGUUGUCAAGCUAGGACUGCACAAAUUCCUGUGUUUCCAAAUGAACCCGGUGCUGGAGACGUCCAUCAAGACGUUCGUGGAGCACCAGGAGGAGCGCGACCACGAGAUCGUGGAGGACGUGCUGUACCUCAUCGACGAGGAGGACUCCAACGUGGCGCAGUACAUCGACGUGCCCAAGGUUCUCAGCGAUAUAUUCGAAGCAAUAGUUGGAGCGAUAUACUUGGACUGUGGGGGGAACCUGAGCAAAGUGUGGUCGACUGUUUACAAGAUAAUGCAUAAAGAGAUAAACAACUUCUCGAUGUGCGUUCCGAAGCAGCCGGUCCGAGUUCUGAUGGAGAUGAUCCACGCUUGUCCGAGAUUCGGUAAGCCGCAGCAAAGCACCUCUACAGUACGUAAGGUGAUAGUACCAGUGAACUUCUCCAAGGAAGGUAAACAGCAUACGGCGUACGGUAUCGGCACCAAUAAGUCGCAGGCGAAGCGAGCUGCUGCUAAAGUGGCCCUCAAGAUUCUCGGAGCCUGAUCGCAUUCACGUGGGAGUUGCAAUAUUUAUAAAAUAAGCAAUCGAGACACAGUGGAAUCUUAAAUUGUAUACUAACCAGACAGACAUUCCCCAGUCAUGCCUCCUUCAUCAGAUCAAGGUUAACUUUAUUCGUUAUUAAACGACUCGUUUUCACAAUUUUGGAAUAUUUAUUAAAGAAACUAAAAAAAUCUCGUCGAUUUUUCACUAUAGCCGAUUCGAAUGGUAGGAGGACAACAUCUGGUUUGAUUUGGUAUGAUUGAUCUUUUUUUUUAUAUAGAAUAGGAAGACGGACGAGCAUAUGUGCCACUUGAUGGUAAGUGGUCACCAACGCUCAUAGACAUUGGCAUUGUAAGAAAUGUCAACCAUCGCUUACAUAUCCAAUGCGCCACCAACCUUGGGAACUAAGAUUUUAUGUCCCUUGUGCCUGUAAUUACACUGGCUCACUCACCCUUCAAACCGGAACACAACAAUACCAAUUACUGCUGUUUUGCGGUAGAAUAUCUGAUGAGUGGGCGGUACCUACUCAGACGAGCUUGCACAAAGCUCUACCACCAGUCGAGUGGUCACGUGAAAAACAUGCAUUUCGGAUGUCGGUGAAGUUGUUAUCGGUGCUUUGUAAGUAAAAUUAAUGUCGAUAUAAGUAGUUAAUUGAAAUAGUGUUGAAUUAUAAAUAAUAUUAAAUCAAGAAUUGUGUGUGUGUGUACCGUCCGUAACAGCCUGUGAAUGUCCUACUGCUGGGCUAAAGGCCUCCUCUCCUCUUUUUGAGGAGAAGGUUUGGAGCUUAUUCCACCACGCUGCUCCAAUGCGGGUUGGUAGAAUUCACAUGUGGCAGAAUUUCAGUGAAUUUAGACACAUGCAGGUUUCCUCACGAUGUUUUCCUUCACCGUAAAGCACGAGAUGAAUUAUAAUCACAAAUUAAGCACAUGAAAAUUCAGUGGUGCUUGCCCGGGUUUGAACCCACGAUCAACGGUUAAGAUUCACGCGUUCUUACCACAGGGCCAUCUCGGCUUUUUGUACAGUAUAUCAAAAAUCACAUGAAAUAUAUGAACCUAUGGUAUGUUUAUCGCUGUCCUCCGGCCAUUGGAAUGUAAUAUAGAUGAAUAAAGGAAUAACAAAAAACGUUCGCAUUUAUAUUAUUCAGAUGAAGGAUUCACAAUUGUUUUUUAUAUGAUAAGACUCGGGACGAGAUAUAGUAAUAGUACUGCUUACAGGGCUUCGAAGUACGAGUAGAAAAACCAGGAUCGAUAACCAAGUUUCAAAAUAUUUUAAAAGUAAUACGUAAAUGCAAGCAUUUGCUCUAGUUUGUAAAUAAAGUUGAAGAUACUUGGGCGGUAAAUCAAUCCGUAUCCUCUUAUAAAUAACUGAGGGGGGCGGGUUUUGGUGAAAAGGAGUUGUCCUCCCUUGCAGUUCAACCUUGCCCUACACUAAAUUUCAUCAAAAUCAGUUAGUUUAGUCGUGAAAGUGUAACAGAUAGACGAACGUUACAUUCGCAUUUAUAAUAUUAGUAUAUAAGAGUACAGUAAGUAUUUUCAUUUCGUAAAUACGAUUAUACUCCUUAUUUAUUGGGUGAUAUGGAUCAAUUUUCACAAGAGAGUAUUUCCCGCCCGUACUUCGAAGCGAAGCCCUGGUUUUAAAACCUGGUAAGUUUACUGAAGUCGCAUCAUUCCUUGACCAAUUUCCUUCGUGUCUCCGCCACCCUUUAGCGAUCUCGUCCUCAACACUGGUAAGACCACAAAGCAAUUAAUCUUAUUGUAUUUACUUUUACCGUCAAAAUUAUAUUGAGUUGUUUAAAAAAUUAAAUAUUAUUUGAAAGUUUGUUAUAAAUCUUAUACAUAUUGUACCAAAUAUUUUUAUAUUUUAAUACAUAGGUAUUAAAGUA